GGUUCUGUAUUCUACCAGGCUGUGGCCUCGCAGCCUUCUACAGCGGUUGCUUUCUGGGCUUCAUGUACACUAAACUAUGGGGACCUCUCCCAACUGAGACACCCCAACUCAUACAGGGUUUCUGAUUUUUGUGAACGGCCAGGAUUCGAGGGUUACAUCCUGUGUAGCCUCAGUCAUCAGGACACAGCAGAAUUCAGAUGUUAACAGGAAACAGCAAUGGAGGGAAAGCGUCUUGUUAUUGUGUCGUUUCUGUGGAUGCUGCCACGGGGACUGAAUUGCACAGUGACACUUCAACCUAACCUCCACUCUACCAACUUUAGAAGCAGUGAGGUUACUGCAACUUCGGACAAUAAAGUUUCACCCUUAGAAAUGGCUCAAGAGCCCCUCAACAACGCACCGGAUGAAGGACAACAUAGCACUGUAGCAUCUUCAGUUGAGUUGAAGCUCACAGUGAAAAGUGAACCACAGACUUCAGACCAGGUGUCGACCAGAAACAUUCUCAGCCACGAUCGGCCUUCAAUGCAGCCUUUGCGUAUGAGCACAAAGAGAAACUCCCAGUCACCUCAGGACCGCCAAACAACCAGAUAUAAAAACAAGUCUACGGUGGAGAUCACAGCAGAUGGAGCCCGGGAAACUUCGCUCGCUAUGUGGAAUCAACCUCUGGUAAGGCAAGUUACACCCUCCGGCAAGGACGAAGUUAGUCCAACAGCAUCACCUAGACCUUCUGAGUUGUCCACUCAAACAACCUCACCGACACCAAAUCAACCAACAGAGAUCCAAACGGGGCCUAUUCCGUCCAAUUCUCCAAUAUCGCAGUCCAACGACUCCACAGACAGGAACCGACCCACGCCAAAAAUUGUUGGAUUUGGAGUGACACCGACUAGAGCGGAAUAUACUUUGAACACAGGUGGAGAGGCUCAACUAUCCAGCACCGCCUCCCAGGCUCCAGUCACAAGCAGGAGAUCAACCCCUUCACACCCCACUGAAAUAGGUCCAACAGUCCCAUCUGAGCUGCCUAGUACUGCCACUUCCCCCACCACCCUACCUCCAUCUACAACCAUGACCAAAUCUUCAACCCACGUCUCCACUCCAUGGACGUCGACCAAGCCUGCCAAGACCCUUGCCACCACUGAAGCCUUUGUUACUUCUAGUGUUGACGUUACCAGCAGCAAGGGUCAAUCCACACCAAUGGUCCCCACUAAAAAAGAAGUUGCCACUGCCACCACCACCACGGCAAAAAAGAAACCAAAGCCUCCGACAUAAACUGCAAACAAAGACAAGCGAAAAAAGACGGGGAACCAUGGUACAGCGGCUGUACUGAUUGGUGGGACGCUGUUCAUGAUGCUGGUGGGUUUCGGGGUCAUCUUCGUGAGGAAGCAAAGACAACAGAGGAUCCAGCUGCAGAAUACAGCCUGGGCAGGCCCCUCUCCGUUUCUGGACGGUGGAGUCCAGUCUCAACAGGAUUAUGACGAUAGUGGUGAUGUCCAUCUGAGGGGCUCCAAUGGAAUCUUCUUCUCUGGCUUCCUGUCUCAGCAACUCUCCAAGAGGUUCUCUUUGAUCCAGGAUACUGACCAGGAAUACCAGAUGGGUGAGAUUCCGUCAGGAAGUACAUUCGGAAGAGAGACGGUUUCAGAUUGUUAAACCGUGCAACGGGACUGCCGUGUGAAACAAAGAAAAUACUGAGGAGGUACAACUUCCAGACAACUCCUCAUCUCCUCCGCCACCGACAUCUUCAGAGACCACUGCCACAGCACCCACCCAUGACCAUCAGCCUCCUUCCUCCUUGCAGGAUGUUGAUCUGGGGCCAGACAAUGCUCCCAAUCACUCUUCCUCUCCCUCUCAUACGCCACCAGAUAUCCCAGAAGCUGUUCCUCCACCACUGUUGGGUGUUCACCUGCGUCCCCCCUCAGACCAGGCCAGCCCCCCUCCACCAGAGAGCACAUAUUUCUCCCAUCCCCCCGGACCCGCCUUUACCCAUCUCCAAGCAGUGACAGAUAGCAACACACAGGAAACCCAAUCUCCUCCCCCACCACCCAACAAAGGAAACCACUAACCAAAAAACUAAACUGAUGCUUAUCAGUGUUUUCCUUCCUCUAUCUAUACCUCUAUCUGAUGAAACAUUGCAUGAAAUGGAUCUUCAACUAGGCUUAUAGCCAUAGUUUGAUUGUGAAAACCAAGCUAACCCUCCCCCUAUUUAACAGGAUAACUGACAUUGGCCACAAUAAUCAGCUUUUUCCCCUAUGAUCUUUCUUUGGUAUGAAGGCAACCAAACGUACACUCAGAAAGCUUUCCCAAAUGUUUUGAUUCAAGAUGUGGAUACUUUUCAGAUACAUUUGAAUUCCGCCUGACAAAUCUGUAGCAGUGAUAAUUAUUUAAUGCUUCAAUAAUUGCUUUUCUCCAGUGUACUUUUUGGAGAGAAUCACACAGGAUGUAAAGGCCUAAAUAUCAGCAUCAUACCCAGUGGUGAGAUAAUUCAGAGAAGGAUGCACUGCUGAAGUAAUGUAAUUGUAAUAUUUUGUGUGUGUGUGUGUGUGUGUGUGUGUGUGUGUGUGUGUGUGUGUGUGUGUGUGUGUGUGUGUGUGUGUGUGUGUGUGUGUGUGUGUGUGUGUGUGUGUGUGUGUGUGUGUGUGUGUGUGUGUGUGUGUGUGUGUGUGUGUGUGUGUGUGUGUGUGUGUGUGUGUGUGUGUGUGUGGCAAGUGAACAUUCUCAGAGCAUAAGUCAAGUCAAUGAAAACAAUCUACCCAGGCUGAAACAUUCACGGUGAAAGAAGAAGUACUAAAAAUAAAUUAAACGAAAGGGUGAAUUAUAUAAUUAAACUGAGGAACAAUAGAUAGAAUGAAUGUGAGAAAGAGUGAGCAGGGAGUUAGUCUCUCAGUGGGGCUGGCCCAACACUGUUAGUCAGUGCCUUACUGCAGUGUUGCAGUUGCUCCCAGUGUACUUCAGAGCUGUGCAGCAGUACACUAACAGUAAAGAGAGACAGAAAGAGGGAAAUGUCAGACACACAAAAAAUGCCUCAAUGUCUCAUUGUUAGGAAUUUUAUGAAUAAUGACUAAACAAUAUCUACAUUUAAAUAGAACUAUAACUAAUUAAACUCUACCCUGUUUUACAAUAUCUGAUUAAAUAAUGUUAGUUCCUAAGAAAGAGGUUAUGUAGCAUGGAUAAGUGGUAAUUGGAAAUGAUAACUAUUGUGUAGGAAGGAAUGUGUGUGUGUGUCUUAAGUAAGCAAAGAGGGUCAUUAACCUAUGUUUGAACCGACUCAACUAUAACUCUGUGGCGAUCACUCUGUGGCGGUUUUCCGUAUCUGGAACUGUCUGCUAAAGUGGUAAUAAAUUAUGGUGAGACAAUCCAGAUAUAUUGUGUAUCAUGUAUGUGCGCUAGAGAGUUGUAAUGAACUUUUGAACCUGCUUUGUCCUGGUCGAGAGGGGGAAGGACAUUUUAAAACCUAUGACGUCAUAUGUGAAAUAUAAGCUGUUGUACAUGGUUCUCGGGGCAGCGCGCUCUCGAGAAUAAAUGCUAUUGGCUAAUUUUGAUAGACUGGUCUCUGUCUAUUUUAUGCAAAUAAGGAUCUUACAAAUUCUUAGAACCAAGACAGAGUGAUUUUAAUUGAAUUGGUUAAUGAACACAUAUAGGAAUUAUUCAAUUCCUUUGACACUCAUCUGAAGAGAAACCACAGAAACAAGAUGGGAGACGGAAAGCAACCACCACACCCAAUCACCUACACAUACUUGUCAACAAAUUAGAUGUUAAAUGCUCGUUGUUCAUCAAUCACGUAUUUAUGCAAUAAA